AUGAUCAAUGGCCCAUCUCUCUGCGUCAUCUUGGACUCGCCUGAGGUCACCCUGAGCGGCAGCCCUGGCUCUGCCAGCAAUGCAUUCAUCACUGGCCGGGUCGUGCUCGGCUCCCGGUCUGCUGCCACGCUCAGAAAUCUGACGGUCUCGUUCCGCCCGCGACGGAAGAAGCUCUUUCAGUCGACAUAUUCUGUGACUCCACUCAUUGACAUUCACACAACACUAGUCGAAGACGCAAUCACGCCUUCGCACAUCAUCCAUACAAUCAAUCACCGCGAGGGCAAGCUCGAGUGGCGAUUCAGUCUGACUAUCCCUGGCGACACUGCCGAGACGGUGUUCACGCGCGACAUCUUCAUCGCCUACGAGGUUGUUGCCGAGGCACGGCUGCGCAGCGCCUUUGGCAGCCUGCUUGCAUCAAAACCCCAGCACAUUGCGGUCAAGCGCGUGCCGAUGCUUGACUCGCAGUGGGUCUCGCUGGUCAGUGAGCCCAUCACCGAGACUGCCAAGUGGCAGGGGAGGCUUGAGCUGACGCUGCUGUCGCCAUCACGCGUUAUCACCGACAGCCAGCCGGUGCCCGUGCGCGGCGUGCUCCGGCCAAUGGAAAAGGGCAUCAAGAUGCUGCGCGCUGGGUUCCAGAUCACCGAGCGCACCAUCAGCGACGUCGACGCCUUUGGCAUGUCGCACUCAAUCAGCGCAACGCAUAUCAUCAACGAGAAUCUCACCGACAUUAUUGCCGGUCACUCUACAAACCGUCUUGGAUGCGGAUCCGCUGGAAUUGAGGCCUCGUUUGCGGAGCUGCUCACAUCCGACCGCGCUGUCGCCAUGGGCCUGCCAAUUGACCAGGACAUAUCGGUUGCGCGCUCGCUUACCGUGCCAGCAGCAUACACUGGAAUCCAAUACGACGUACGCCGCGGGCCAGUGCGCGUCACGCACGACCUGGUCUUCAGCGCUGCCAUUGCUGAUGAGUCGGGCAACGUGCAUAACCUGCGGCUAGCCACGCCUAUUUUCGUGCUACCAGAUAUUGCUGCCAGUGGCGUGAAUCUCCCACGCUACGAAGAGGUGGGAUUCGAUACGCUGAUUGAGGCAGCGACCGUAGAUGUCGAUGUACUAGACACGCAGCCCCAGAUCGAGUGCACCGAGGAAUCACCCCUCGCACUGCUUGGAUACAAGUCGUGCGGCGACUUGCCCCCGCCGUCAUACACAGGCUCCAACCAGCUUCUGGAUACUUCUGAGCUCACUGGUCCGCAGUCUGUGGGCAGUGCCUCAAGCCGGCUCCGCCGUCUCUGCUCGCGCGCUCUGCUCCGGCAACCCCAUGCCUCCGCUGAACUCCUGUCGUUGUAA